UCAGCUCUCGGGUCCAGCAGUGACGUCACUCCCCGGUGCUCCGCUCCUCCCCCCGCUCCGGGCUCAUCUGCUGAUUCAGCGGAUCCGGUUGUCAGUCUUCUCCCGGCUCCGCUCGGUUCUCCUCUCUGCUCCGGACAUGACGGCUCUGGGGGUGCAGUUGAAGCCCACCAUGCCUCAGCUCCGCCCCCGCUCCUUCUUUGAGACCCUCAUCCGGGUUCUGAUCACGCUCAGCGUGGGCACGGCGGUGGUCUUGUCCUCCAUCUCGGUGUGUGACGGUCACUGGCUUUCUUCUCCAGGACGACAGCUCUUUGGCGUGUGGGGAACGUGUGGGCAGGAGACGUGCAGCCCGGAGAUGGCGCGGGUCAGCAGAGCCAUGGUGGUGGUCCGCACGGGCGUGUCUCUGGCCGUUGUCAUGGCGAUCUUCGGUCUGGAGCUGCUGAUGAUUUCCCAGCUGUGUGAGGACGGACAUUCCCGGAAGAAGUGGUGCCUGGGCUCGGUGCUGCUCCUGGCGGCCUUCUUCCUCUCCUCCACCGGGACCCUCACCUACAUCUUCCUCCUCAAGGACUUGGCGGAGUACAGCGCCUUCACCCUCACCUUCUGGUGCCAGUUCCUUGGCACUUUCCUCUUCUUCCUCAAUGGCGUCAGCGGCCUGUACAUUAACCGCCUGAGCGCCUGAGCUGCCCCAAAGUCAGCUCCACCGUAACGUGCAGAAUAUUCGGAGACUGUGGCCUCAUGGAGGACUGAACAUGGAGGACACCGGCAGCGCGGAGCCAUGAUGUUAUGUGGCCCCCGGCACCAGGGAUUGCACCGUAGAACGUCCCAAACGCUGGAGAAACCUGUGUGAUGUAUGCCACUACUGUAGUCCUGAGGGACAACCCUCAUCAUCCUCAUCCAGAGACUGACGUUAGGCUGGGUGCACACUACGUUUUAGGCAAUACGGGACCGCAUAUGUAUGUGGGGGAGGGAGCCAGAACCGGGCGCUCCCGUAUCCC